AAUGCCCUGCCUUAUUUUCUUCAUGCUGUUUUUGUUCACAUCAGUGAUGAUUUUGCCUACUUUGUUGCAGGUCUGAUGAAUGUUGGUGGCUGAUGCUGGUUUAAUGUUUGCGCCAAGAAGCAUACCACUCAUACCCUCUGUUGUAAGGCUGGUACCCAAGUAGAUGACAGCCAUGGCAACAUAAAGCUGUUUGGCUCUCCGUCCCCUUCCUGAUCGACUGACUUCCUCGUACAGCUUUUCACGGUGACUGGUGUAAUGGCACUUCUUACAUCGAAUGGAAAGGAUCCAUGCCAGGCCUCUAUUUUCCUCCCCAUGCUGGUUCCAGUCCAGUGAACCGUCACAGUCCUGUAAUUUCUAGCUGCCAUGUCUUCUAAGAGGAACCCCAUCUUUGAUGACUGAUGGAAAAGCUUCAUUACCCCCCAUUGCUUAAGAACCCCUUAUCUUAAUCACUAGCCAUUAAUCAGUGACCACCGUUAUCAAAGUUCCAAGAUGCGCAUGAUGCAACUUCCUGGAUGGUGCUGAGCUUGUUUGUCAACAUGUAGAACCUCCAUGUACUAGGGGGAGUUGUCUCCCUUGUUAAAGUUCAACAAUGGCGCAUAAACAAUGCGGGAUGCUGUCUUGUCACCAACGGUGAAAUUUGACACCUGUAUACCCGUAUUUCUACCAAUCGUCUCAGUCCUCUUUGUAGUGUACAUCAGACAGGUCGCCCACGAUGGCCGGAGGUCUUUUUUCCAUCAGUAGAGAAUAUUUUACGAAACUCGGAACCUACGACCCUGGAAUGAAUAUCUGGGGAGGAGAAAACUUAGAACUGUCAUUUAGAGUCUGGAUGUGUGGUGGUAACUUAGAAAUCAUUCCAUGCUCUCAUGUUGGUCACAUCUUCAGAAAGAGAAGUCCGUACAAGUGGAAGACUGGUGUCAACGUUGUCAAGAAAAACUCAAUCCGAUUGGCCGAAGUUUGGAUGGACGAAUACAAGAACUAUUAUUAUGAAAGAUUCAACUAUGAUCUGGGAGAUUACGGAGAUGUCACCGACAGAAAGAAGCCCCGGGAACGUUUGCAGUGCCAUAGCUUCGACUGGUUCGUCAAAAAUGUCUACCCAGACCUGUUUGUUCCAGGGGAAGCCAUUGCUUCUGGAGAGAUCCGCAGCAAGGCCAAGCCGAUGUGUAUCGACAGUGCGGUGGAUAACCACAACUACCACAAACCGGUCAACAUGUGGCCUUGUCACAACCAGGUGGGUUAUUGGAUGUUGAGUAAGAACGGAGAAAUCCGUCGAGACGAUGGAUGCCUGGAUUAUUCCGGAGGAGAGAGCGUCAUUGUUUAUACGUGCCACGGCCAGAAAGGAAACCAGGAGUGGCAAUACAGAGAGGACAACUCCAUUUACCAUGCCAACACACAGAAGUGCAUGGAGACCAGCGUGGACAGUCAGAAGCUGACCAUGAAGACAUGCACAGGGAUAGACAGACAGAUCUGGACCUGGAAGAGGAAGUCACCUAGUGGGAUAAUCAGGAACAACUAAGGGGCAGACAACUACUGCUGUUGUGGUGUGAAGGGUUCUCUCCCGUUGGAAAGAGAAAUAUUCACCCACCAAAAAAAAAAAUGUACAACUGCCAAACCCCAAUAUUUGGGAUAACAGUUUAACAUCAUACUGCUUAAAAAACACGUGUGAUAAACUUGAUAGUAUAUUUGAAAAAAAAAAGAAAGAGGAAUAUUUUUCUAUGCAAACAGUAUUUUUCUAUGUUGAUGUGACAAUGGUUUCUUAGUCGUAAACACUUUGCUAGAUCUGUGAUCUCUUUCUGUAUGCCAUAUAUAACUGCAGGAGGGAAAGAAGAGGACAUACAUUGUCAUCGGAGAAAAAAAAUCAUGUUAAUAUUAUUCAUAUAUCUUGAAGAAGUCAGUCAUUCAAAGAAGGAAAUAUGCUACCUUGACAGUACUUUAAACAUAAUGUACUUAUAGCUUUAGAUUUUUGGAAUCUGGAAAGUACUUUAAAUUUAAUUCAAAAUCUUAGAUUAACAACUAAUUAAUUUGAUUUAUUUUUAAUUAAAGAAUUUGUUUUGCUUAGAUUAAUUUUUUCAUAGGUGUGCAAAAAUCUUGAGGCGAAAUAAAGUCUCUGCAAUGAUCAGUUAUUUUCAUUUGGGGUUAUUUAUCAUGUUUCUACGCUUUAUCAUACAAACAAAUGUAUAAGUUACACAGUUUUAUUGCAAUAACCAUUUAAUUUUUCAAAGUUGCGGUCAAGCUUUCAAGAUCUAAUUGGUGCUAGUUAGUUAAGAAUUAUAUUGUUCACAUUUUGCGAUAAUUUUAUUUGUCAUACAGAGAAGUCUGUGAUUUUUUGCCAGACAUUCCUGCCCCAUUGUUGUUGGUUUUGCUCAGAGAAUCACAAACUACACAAAAAGUUGACUUAAAGUUGAUUAAAGGAUAUGCUUGUUUGUUAAAACUAUCUUAAAUUAUAUAUCUGUGUUUUAAUUGUCGGCUACAAAAUAUUUUAGCAAAAUAUUCAAAGCGUUGUUUUUAUUGUUGGAGAUUGUUCAUGCAUGUGAAUUUAUUUAUCACUUUUUUUUUCUUAAAAGAAUAUUUCUUCAAAUAGCUUCAGUAUUUUUUCUGUAUACCGGUAUCUGAAUGGACACAAUAUACUAACAUAGCCUUAUCUUGAAGUAUUGUACAAUGUAUAACUGGUUAUUAAUGCAGACAUGUUAAGAUCCAAAAAGUAGGUACAUUUAUAUUUUGUUAUUUUUUGCAAUCUUAAACCAAUGACUCAAAUUUUAAAUAAGAAUAAGUAUAUAAUUUCUCUUUGGCUAAUAAUCUUUUUAUAAGCAAAAUUAUCCCUUUAUCUCCUGAAAAUUCCAGUUAAACACACAAUAUUUGAUCUUCAUUUGUGGGAUUUUUCAAGUGUAUGUACAUGUAUUUGGCAUUUAGCUUGGUUUUGAAUAUGAAGUCAAAUUGACUAAUAUUUUAUUGACUUUUAAUUCUUUUUGACAAGCCUCUAUGAAUGCAUGAAGGAGAAGUCCAGAUUGUCAAACUUUUAGCAGAUAGCAUGCAUUUCUUACUGCAUAGACCCAGCUAAAGGUCUUGGACAGUUUUGUUGUAGAAUUUUAGGGGUCCAAGCUUUAAACAUCCCUUUAUCCAGCCUUUAUUUGCAAAAAAAUAUGCAUAUAUAUUAUGGACAUGCCAUCGACCUAAGGUCGAACUGUGUGUCUGCUUAAAGCCUAAAAUAUAGAAAGAAAAGUCUCCUUUAUACGAUACAUUCCAUGUUUGUUUUUUACUUUGUGUAUAAUGAAGAGUAUAUAUUUACUUUGAUGUUGUUAUAUGCUAUUGAAUAAUGUGGAACGUGUUUGGUUUUGUAUAUUUUAAUGUAUAUAUAUGCAAGAAUUAGUAUUACAUACUUCUUUAAUCAGUACCAAUGAAAUCCAAUACCCAUUGUGUUAUAUAUGUGAUUCUGUAGAAGUGGGCGACUAUUUGAGAUAAUUAACUUAAUUGGUUAUUUCUUGUUUUUUGUUUUAGAAUGUAUGUAUUAAUUUGCAUAUGUUACAUGUACUAGAGGCUGUGCCCUGUGUGUGUAUUCUGACCAGAUAUGACUGACCAGAUUAUAUAAUCCCUCCCCUCUCUCUCUCUCUCUCUCUCUCUCUCUCUCUGGUGAAAGGAGAGCAAGAGCUAACGUAGGUAAUGUUGAAAGAUAAUAACUGGAUACCUAAAUUAUCUGUCACCUGUUUUGUUCAGUCUGCUUAGUUCGGUUUAGAAUUUGUUCUGUUUGCUUUACACAUGUGGUUGAUCUGCAAAUACAAGUUAAUUGGAAUACAUGUAAUCAAUUUUGAAGCAGAUUUACAUAUGUUUAUCUAUCAAACACCUUUUUUUUGUUUACAACAAUCCUACUUAAGGAGGGUGGGCGGUUAACAAAUUAUCCAUUAGAUCUGUUCCAAAAAAAGUUGAUGGUAAUAUGAUAUUUGUGGCUAAUAGCCAUUACAUUGCAUCUAGUGAAACAACAAAUUAUUCAUCAGAUCUGUCAAAAACAAUUACCUGUAUUACAAUAUUUUUGGCUUAAUUAGUGAAACAAAAAUUCAAAUAUUUUAGCUCUAAAAUGGUCAUAUUUUGCCUAAUUCUCUGUAUAGAGCUCUUUGUUUCAAGGAGAUUAUUAUAGUCUAAAAAUGGCAAUGACCAACAAGUCCUACUUAAUGAAUUUGGAACUUAUGAAAUUGCUUUAAAAAGACAAUAUCCUCAAGCUGUUGAGCAAAAUCAUUCUGAUCAGCAUGUGUGAAAUUAAUAUGAAUGCCUGUUUUUCAAUCUUCACAUAUGUUUUUGAGAAAUAGUAACGCAGUUAAAAUGGCAUUCUGAUUUUUGUUUUAAAUAUGUAUAAACUAGUAGUAUGUGUCCAUGCAUGAGAAGAUCUUUUUUUUAAAUUUCUCUCUAUUCUGAAGCACAAUCCAUGAUACAUUCAUUUAUUAUUGUUACUUAACAAUUUUAUAAUCAGUUUGCAUUAUGUAUUCUUCAUUUCAAGUCUUAUAGAAUGACUGAAAACUAAACCUGUGUGAUCUAUAGGUCAAUUUAAUCUCAUGUAUUAUCCUUCAAAUUUACAUGUUGAUUUUUGAAUAAGUAUUGAUUAAAACUGUAUUCUUUUUUUCUCUCUUUCUAUUUUUUUUUAAAAAUAAUUGUCUAUAUCUACAUAAUGAUGUUUCAGUAUUCUUUACUUUUCAGUAUAUUAAUUAAGACUAGAAUAUUUGAUAUUUUUAGCUCUCAAGUCUUGUUGAUGUUUCAUAAAAGAAUACAAUAUUAACUGAAAAUGUAUAAUUAAAUCUGCUUGUUUUCUUUUAUAUUGUCUUUUAUGGUAUAUACCAUAUGUUUCAAGUAUAUACAUGUAUCUAAUCAGGUGCAUCAAUAUAAUUGUCAGAAUUGAAAAAAAUGCAUUGACUGUAUUAUAUAAAUGUAAAACCAUCUAUUUAUUUUAUUUUUCAAUGGCAAAAAAGGGGGAGGGGUCAUUUAGAUGUUUAUGUAUGUAUCAAUUCUGGUGCACAUCAAAAAAGGAUAGAAAUGCAAUGAAUAUGUGCACACUUGUAUAAACUUGUCAGAAUUGCAAGUCUGUAAAGAUUUUCUGUAAUUCUUUUUUUUUCAUAAUGUGGUAUAUACAUAUGUGUAUUAUAUAUAAAGAUAAAACUGGUGGUGUAUGACUGGGGAAGCGAGGGCUGGUAACCAGCCAAGUGUGCCUUAAUAAAUUCAACUUACAAAUGAUA